CUCCGUCAAGCCAAGAGGACAUGCAGCUCGUCAGCGAGCUGUCAGCAGUCAUCGAAGAUGCAGCUUCUUUGAACGAGGCGGGGACGAGCGAGCCGAUCAAGCUGGUCCUGGACAAGGCCGUUGGCAACCUCCACGAACGGCGUUCUACUCUCCGGGGAGCCUGGAGUUCAUGUCGCUGGGAGAGUGGGCGAAGAUGCCAGAGGAGCAGGGAGUUGGGCGCAACGUUCUCAAGGAGAAGCUGGGGAAGUGGCUGCAGAGCAAGCGCUGGACUCGCGUGCAAGGAGAGAGCAGCAACGGCAGCUGCUGAGCUUGAGCAGGAGGCGGAGAGCGACGACAUAGAGCGUCGAUCUCUUAGCUUCCUGUUCAUAGCACUGAGUAAAUUCGCAGAGAUGCAUGUGCUGGCCUGCUCGCUGAAGGUGGACAAGAAGGACCGACUGCGGGUGGAGAUGAGGGAAGAUGACGAAGAAGAGGAAGACAUGGAGGAAGAGCAAGGCGAGGGCGAGGAAGAAGACGGGGCGAGCCCGUACCGAGCUUGAGCUGAGCUCAAGGUAAGUAGAGAAGGUGGAGGCGACCGAAGGCCAAGGUGAGGAGAGGCAACUCUCCUGACUGAAGCUGAGGAAGCUGAAUGGAGGAGGAGUAGGUGGCGACCGAAGGCCAAGGUGAGGAGAGGCAACUCUCCUGACUGAGGCUGAGGAAGCUGAAUGGAGGUAGAGUUAGGUGGUGACCGAAGGCCAAGGUG